AUGUCGUCCGCAGCCAACACCUCCCCCAACAUCACCGCCGCCUCCCAGAGCAACGCACCCUCCACUGCUCUCAUCCCCACCACCACCAUGGCCCCUAACCCCUCCACCCUCGAGCGUCUCCCCCAGGAAGUCCUCCUCCACAUCAACAAGCUCCUCAUCUUCCGCGGCGCCUCCCGCCUCGCCCGAACCUCAAAGUAUCUCUACCGAGUCCUCAACAAGGAGAUCUACAAGCUCUCAGGCAAGCAUGACCACUGGUACCCUCUCUUCUUCGCAGCCGCCACCAGCAACAUCGCAGUCUUUGAGCGCUGCUUCGAGCUCGGCGCCGCGGCCGACACCCACUGGCUCCGCAACUCGGCUCUGAGCUUUGGACAUGGCCAGCGCCUCUUCCUCACCAUGGGCUGGCGUCCUCUCCGCCAGGCUAUCUCGUCUCGACAGAUCGUGGCUGUGGACUGGCUCCUUGAACAUGGCGCUGACCCGGAUGAGACGCUCAUGGAGGCCGUUCUCAUGUCGUCCCGUGCGUCCCCGCUUGGUCUUGCGUUCCGUCUUGGUGCAGGGUAUUGGGAGAAUGGGGUUGCUUGCCGAUCGAUUCUUUUCCUUCUCCUCGAGGCUGGCGCUGACCUGAGUGAGGUCGAACUAGGUACGGCUAUGGAGAUUGAGGCUAUGUACAAUGACCGUUCCUACAUGAGUUUGGUUUGGCAGAUUUGA